UUACAUUUAAAACUCUAAGAAGGUUCAUGGAAGUUCAGGGGUCAUUUUUUCGCUGGAGACCUUCAGACGUGAACAUGUACGGCCCUCCAGUGGAUCUGUCAUUUAAAGACAUCAGCGACUUUUCAGGUGGCAUGAGGGAGGCACCCCGAAGAGGUCUGCGGCCUUUCAACACCAACUCAGAGGGAAAGUACCUGAGCCGCUGUUUGCGUUUUAAUAACAACAGGAUCUCCGACCUCUCUGGCAUCCACUUCAUUCUCAAUCACUUUUUAGCUCAGCCAUUGCAGCUAGGCUGGCUGGACCUGUCGUUUAACAAAAUCACAUGCAUAGAUCCGGUUUUGUGUGAGCUGCGUGAACUGCGUGUAUUAUACCUUCACGGCAACGGCAUCUGGAACCUGUCGGAUGUCAACAAGCUGGGAGAGCUGCAGUAUCUACACAGCAUCACGCUACAUGGAAAUCCCAUAGAAACCAACAGAAACUACAGGAGUCAUGUGCUUUCUGCCCUGCCUCAGUUGAAGAGGAUAGAUUUCAGCACUGUGACACGCGAGGAGCGAGCCUUGGCAAAUGUUUGGCUUCACUGACUGCAGCAAUCGUGGCAAAAACACAAAGGAGAGUCUCCUGUGACCGUCACCAAUUCAUUUCAUCAAUUGAUUUUUAAUCCUCUGCCUUAACUGCUUUUGAAUUCAACAUUUUCUUUCCCUGAAAUUGUUAUAUCUUGUUGAAUUUAUUCAUUAAAUGAUCACAAUAAAGCU